GCUAUAAAACUGUGGAAUUCAGGGAUUUUCGAUAUUACUGUACUCAUUGUAACCGGAACUCAACCCCACGUCAAGCUUACAAGUUAGUGGUACAAGUAUACAACAACAGAGAGAUGAUGGAAUGUAUUGUGUUCAACGAUAAUGCUAUUAAGCUUUUAGGAUGUACAGUUGAUGAGCUAAUUGCUAAGGAUUCACAAGAGGGCGCUGGCGAUCCCAAUUGGAUACUCGAUUUCUUCAUAGAAAGUUUGUUUGGAGUGCCGGUCGUCUUUGGAAUCAAAGUUGAUGAGUACAACCUAAAGCCUUGGUUCUCCCGUAGGUUUACUGUCUCAACGUACUAUGGUAAUGAAUUUGGUGUCCUUAACCACGUAAAUACCACUAAGUCACGUGUACUGCCCCCGUUACUUCCGGUUAUUGCCAAUCCACUGUCAACACUUGAAUACGAAAUGCAAACAAAGGUCACGGAAUUUGAAGAAGAAAUGAUGGAUGAAAUUCAAUGGGGGCCUCGUGUGACUUCAUCAACCAUAAAAGAUGCCCCUAAUAUGGUCUCAAAUGCCACAAAUGAGGAACCUUCCAAUAACAUUGGCGAAUGUAACAUGAUUAACGAUGCUACUAUGGAAGGUGAAAAUUCCAACGUUGGAGGUACCAUUGAAGAUGUAGAUAAUAUAAUAAUUAAUGAUGGUGGCGAUUCAAUGGUUGAAAUUACUAUAGAAGUUGGCGUUUCUAAUGAUAACUUGGGGAAUAAUACAUAGCCUUAUAUAUUUUCCAUUUACUUCUUAC